CUGCAGGAGACCCGAGGCCAUGGCAAGGGUACCCCGCUGUUAUCCCAGCUCUCUUUCAGCACAAGGGCAGGAGCAGAGGCACGAGUGUGGAUGUGGCUCCCAGGGGCAGGGCUCGGAGCAGCGGGGAACAUUUCAUGAGGUGCAGAAAUGAAAUUAAUGCUGUUGUGUUUCUUUGUUUAGCAGAGACCGGCGCAGUUUCCGUGUGCGUUCAGCGUGACGUGCCGGCCAGCUGCCCUGAACAGGUGCUGACAGCUUGUGGCGAGCCCCUUGGAAAGCCGGCAUGCGGUGCUGGCUGCGUGCGGUGCUGGGCGGUGGUGCUGGGCGGCCGGGGUGCCCGUCCUCGCCUGGCCGGGGGCGCAUAGCUGGGCUCUGCCGAAGGUUGCAUCUUUCCAUUUUUUUAUUGUUGAACCUCGCCUUUCACAGGCGUUUUGAAAAAUAGCUGGAACAUCCGUACAUGUGCGAGCGGGUUUAUCUAUGGUGGGAUCAGAAAGGGUCCCAACGUUAGAAGAGCCUAUUGACGUUUAUGGUCACGUCUGAGCUUCACCAGAAAGUUAACCCUAGAACUCCAAAGCUCCUCCUUUUUCCGUUGGAAGCAAUAAUCCAGGAGCUGUCUGAGAGCUUUCUGGCUGUGUUGGUCAAGUUACUUGUUUGCCCUAAGUCUCUAUAGCAGUACCAAACUGCCUGGAAGGCUUUUCACCCACUUUUACAGCAAAAGCUGCGAGGCCAAUGCUUUAGGUGAUAUUUGGCUAAAGUCCUGACUUGUGAAUGGGGAGGCAGGAGUAACUCCAGCCUCUGCUUUGCAGGGCACAAAAGCCUGAGGUUGCAGUUUAGUUUAGCAGGAGCCUGAAGCUCGCCCCAGACCGACGGCAGUGUGGGGCCUCCUUGGCAGCGCCGGGUGCUGCAGCCGGUGGGUGAGGUGAUCUGUCUGUUGCUCACUUGCUUCUGGUAGAUCUCAGCAGCCUCAUUCAGGGGCUGAGCAAAGGCAGAGUGAGGAGGAGGGAAACCUGACUGUGUUCCCGUGAUGGGACCACUUGGCAGUGACAUCCCACCUCUGGUCUAGGCUGGAGUGCCCGCCAGCUGGGAGCUGUCCUGGAACCCAGGUGUAUUUGGCUGGGAACUUGUGGCUGAUCCCUUUUUCUUGCAGGGAUCAGUAAAGAGGUGGGCUUCUUCUAGUGCUGUGGCUCGUUGUGCUGCUCCUUGCAGGAAGGUACCUGCUGCGGGGCGGGUACAUGGCAGCUCUUCCAUCUUUCCCUUGCUGAAACACAGCAAGUUGCAAAGGAAUGCUGGGGGCACUGUGCGUGAGACCUUUGCCAAUAUGCUUUUUCCAGAGUCAUCAAUAGUAACUUAAUUGCUGCUGGUUUUCAGUGGCAGCCAGGGGCCUCGCCCUGCCAUUGAAACCCCACUGCGGUCUCCCUAUGCACAAACACAGGACGUGUAGGUUCUCCCUUCACGCAGCCCUCCAGCUGCUUUUAAAUUCCCACCUGUGUGUUUUGCUGAGUUAUUUGUCCACGGCUGCCCUUGCUCCGGGUUGAUCUGGCAUUUAUCUGUGUCCCCAUCCCGCACCCAGCAGCCACGCAGCCUGCCCCAAGCCAGCAGCCGGGGGUGACGCAGCACGGGGACCUGAUCCAGGCUCCAUGCUCAGAGGGUGCGUGCCGGAGCUGCAGGGCUGUGGUACAGGCGGAAACAACAGCAACCGUCUCCACUGGAUUCAGUGUCGCAAAGCAAGCGGGGAGGACAGGGAGAAGCCCUGCUGCUGAGCACAUCUCUUUUGGGAUGGGGGUGAUUGCCCCUCAGCAGGGUGCCCAGGCUGGCUUUGGGAAGGUCGGCAGUGAAGGUGGCAUUUUUGGCUGGCCAGUGGGACCAGGAAGCCAGUUCAUAGUGAAACCUCUGCUGCCACGUCUUCGUUGCUUUUACAGCCCCUGCGUUUGCUCAUCAGUGGAGCGAGGGCGUUUUAGUUUUUGUGUCGGCACACCGGGAGUGCGAGAGCAGAGCCACAGCGUUAGCCAGAAGCCUUUAAUGCAAAGCCAUGGUGUGUCCCUCGGGCAGUAUUCUGCAACUGCUUGUGUUGCUUGGAGCAGCUGGUCAUUCAUUAGUUCUUAUUAAUGAACAUUAUUAAUUCUUAAUUCUUCAUUAAUUUCUUCCUUCUUUCUUUCUCCUCUGCAUUUUUUGCUUGAUGCCACCAACACAAAACACAACCAAAACACAACUCAAAAAACCGCCUGUGUGGGCCCGCAGCUGCCCGGCAUCGGUGGGUGUGAUGCAGGCUCCCCUCGCCUCCGUCUGUAGCCCUGUGCAGGCGCAGCCCCCCGAGGUGCCGCGGCGGAGGCACAGCACCUCCUCCAUCCCCAGCCAGCUUCGAGCAGGGCCCCAGCAGCUGAAGCACGUGGCCCGGGUCUGCCCCAACAGCCCCGUGGAAGUGGAGGUGCCGGGACUCAAAGUGCUGCACGUGCAGUUCAAUUCGCCCCUGCAGCUCUAUUCACAGAGCAACAUCAUGGAUUCGCUGCAGGGGCAGAUCUCUUCCAUUAGCCCCGACUUCCCCAGUUUGGAUCAGCAUAACCAGCCCCCAGGUGGCAUUGUCAUAGACAGAGAAUCUGAGGUUUACAAGAUGCUCCAGGAGAACCAAGAGUCAAAUGAGCCGCCCAGACAGUCUGCUUCGUUCCUCGUGUUGCAAGAGAUUUUGGAGUCAGAAGAGAAAGGAGACCCUACCAAGCCAUCGGGCUUUCGGAGCGUCAAAGCCCCCACCACGAAGGUGGCCUCAUCCAUCGGCAGCGCCCAGAAGCUGCCCAUGUGUGAGAAGUGCGGCUCUGGUAUCGUCGGUGUGUUUGUGAAGAUCCGGGACAAGCAGCGUCACCCCGAGUGCUACGUCUGCAGCGACUGUGGCACCAACCUCAAGCAGAAAGGACACUUCUUCGUGGAAGACCAAAUCUACUGUGAGAAGCAUGCGCGGGAGCGGGUGGUUCCCCCGGAGGGCUACGAGGUGAUCACCGUCUUCCCCAAGUAAACCGCGCUGCUCACAAAGCCAGUCUCGAUGGUUUAUCCAUUGCUGCUUUUCCUUGGAAAGCAUCCUUCCUGCCCCCUCCGCUGAAUCUUGUUUGUAUUAAGGAAUGCUAGGCAUGGCUUUGAAUUCCCUUGCCAUUAAUCCGCCAUCUGUUCACAGGAGAUGUCACUAAUUGUUCAACAUUCUUUUCAUCUCCUCUUUUGCUGUUUGGGUUUGGUUUUUUUUAGAUACACAUAAUUAUUUUUUUCCUCCUCCUUUGUGCUCUCAAUUGCACAGGAAAAUCAGAGGCCUAAGUCAGAUUACAGAUCUUCUGUGUCCCAGUUAUUUGCCUUCUGUUUGCAUUCAAUAAAUGGGGUAAAUCCACAA